AUGGCAGUCACAGAAGUCGCUCUUAUUCGUCUGAAGAGUGACCUCCCACCAACCGCCAAGGCAAAUCUACUAGAAGCCCAGAAAGCGCAGGAGGACUACUCAAAGCACGCCGUCCACUUCCUGAAUCAGACCACAGACCGUUCAUUCUACUACCUGGUGGGUGGGUGGGAGUCCGUCGAGAAGCACACGCACGAGUGGAUUCAGUCCGAAACCAACCAGCGACUUCUCGGGCUGCUGGGUCAGGACUUCGAUGUCUGCUGGAUGUUCCAUUUGGAUAUUGAUCCAUCGGUUUCCAAACUCCCCCUCGAUGCGCCCGUUAUCAUGAUCAGCAGGUAUUUUGUUGAGGCCGACAAGAAAGAUGUCUUUGAUGCUGCCUUUAAAGCCAGCGAGCCUCAGUUGGCUGCACGCACAGCAACGUUCUCUUAUUGCGGUGGAUGGCGCAUCGAUAGAGAUGGAGAAGGGGAGGAAUUUGUUCUUUUCAGCGGGUGGCCCGAGACACAGGAUCAAUUCGAUUUCGCUGAAAGUGCGGAAUUCAUGCAGCUGGGAAAGAUCAAGGGGGUGCGAGGCUCAGAGAUAAAGCAUACUCGUCUUGAGAACUGGGAGUAG